AUGCCGAAGCACGAAUUCUUAACACCGAAAGCCAUCGCUAAUCGUAUAAAAGCUAAAGGUCUUCAAAAAUUAAAAUGGUAUUGCCAAAUGUGUCAAAAGCAAUGCCGUGACGAAAAUGGUUACCAAUGCCACAUUCGUUCUGAAUCUCAUCUUCGUCAAAUGGAUCUCUUGAAAGAGAAUCCUUCAAUGUAUAUGCAAGGUUAUUCUAAACAAUUUCAUGAUGACUUCAUCAAAUUGCUCUCCAGAAGAUGGGGUACUAAGAGAGUUCACGCAAAUCUUGUAUAUCAAGAAUAUAUCUCAGAUAGGCAUCAUGUACACAUGAACGGUACAAUUUGGGAUACUUUAACUGAUUUUGUAAAAUAUUUGGGUAGAGAAGGCACUUGUGCCGUUGAUGAGACACCAAAAGGUUGGUUUGUUAGUUGGAUUGAUAACAGUCCAAAGGCUUUGGCUAGACAGGAGGCAAUUCAGAAAAAAGAGCGAGCAGAAAAGGGCGAGGAAGAAAGGGCUCGCAAAUUAAUAGAGGAGCAAAUAGAGAGAGCUCAGAAGGAAUCUGAUGAUUUGGGUGUAGAAGAUGAAAAAUUUACGGAACUCAAACGAAGCAAUGAAGAAGAUAAGAUAAAACUCAACAUUUCUUUAGUAAAAUCAGAAUCUUCCAUUUCGUCUUCUACCGUUAAAACCGAUUCAUCUACCACAUCAACUCCUUCUACUAAUGGUUCCACUCACACUAGCAUCUCAUUUAAUAAACCUACUUCCCAAAAAAUGUCCCUUAGUGCUUUAGCAAAAAAAUCCGGUUCUUUAAAUAUGGAGAGAAAGAAAAGGAAGGAAAGCCUGAAUGAAAAUGGUAACAAAAGAAAAGAUAAUCAGAGUAGAGAAAAGGAAAGGAAUUAUAAAGAUAGAGAAUAUAAUGAAAGGAGAGGAGAGAAAGAAAGUCUGAAUGAAAAGGAAAGGAAUUAUAAAGAUAGAGACUAUAAUGAAAGGAGAGGAGAGAAAGAAAGUCUGAAUGAAAAGGAAAGGAAUUAUAAAGAUAGAGAAUAUAAUGAAAGGAGAGGAGAGAAAGAAAGUCUGAAUGAAAAUGGGAACAAAAGAAAAGAUGAUCAUAACAGAGAAAGAGAAAGAAAUCAUAAAGAUAGAGAAUAUAAUGAAAGGAGAGGGGAAAAGGAAAGUCUGAAUGAGAAUGGGAACAAAAGAAAAGAUGAUCAUAGCAGAGAAAGGGAAAGGAAUCAUAGAGAAUAUAAUGAAAGGAGAGGAGAUAGGGAUAGAUCAUAUGAUCGAGAGUCAAAAAGAGCACGCAGAUAUUAG